UGCAGUGGAGAGAGAGAGAGAGAGAGAGAGAAGGUUGUGCACGAUUUGCUGUCUUCUCUAGGAUACAGCUCGCUCCCCUCUUCGUCUCAGUGCUCCUCUCUCUUCCCACUCUCGCGUAUCCGAUCCGUCUCUCCCGCACAACUCCUCCGUUUCUCAAGAACUCCGAGGAUGAGUCCUUCAGAAACCUCCAGCCGCAGACGCCCGUUCUCCAGCUCAUGGCUGCCCAGGACGACCCGACACUCUUGGGCUUCCCUCGCGCGGACCUGCCCCCUGUGAACUGGAUCCAAAGCAGAGCAGCGCUCCUUUAGAAAAGGGCACGUUCAUUCAGACCACGUCUUUCAGCCUAAAAGCCCACAAAGGACAAGACCUUCAGAGCCCAAGCUUUCAGAUUGCUAGAGGAACUGCGGUCAAUCACACGGAAAGAUGGAGCAGGAGAUUUCAAAAGUGCAGCGUAAGAUGUCAGACCUGGAGUCAGUUCUCCAGCAGAAGGACGUGGAGCUCAAGGCUUCGGAAACCCAGAGAACCAUCCUGGAACAAGACCUGGCCACCUACAUCACCGAAUGCAGCAGCUUGAAGCGCAGUUUGGAGCAGGCCCGCAUGGAGGUGUCGCAGGAGGACGAUAAAGCUCUGCAGCUCCUGCACGACAUUCGAGAGCAGAGCAACAAACUGCAGGAAAUCAAAGAACAGGUUUGAACAUUUCUGACGUCG